AUGGUUCUUUAUCCCGAGGUCCAAAAGCGUGCGCAGGAAGAGAUCGACAAGGUCGUGGGAACAGAUCGUCUCCCUGAUUUUCAAGAUAGAGCGUCCUUGCCGUACCUGGAAGCGGUGUACCGAGAGACAAUGAGGUUGAAGCCUGUUGGACCGAUAGGUGUUCCUCAUGCAGCAACGAACGAAGACGUUUACAAAGGAUACUAUAUCCCCAAAGGCAAGGCCAUGUCUCAAAAUCCGGUCAAGUACCCCGACCCCUCCGCAUUCAAGCCUGAGCGGUUCCUAGACUCGGAAGGAAAGCUAAACGACGACACGGUCACCUACGCAUUCGGAUUUGGACGUCGCAUAUGCCCUGGCAGGCAUUUCGCCAGCGGAUCUUCCUGGAUUGCCAUGGCAAACAUAUUGGCUUCGUUCAGCAUCGGCAAAGCAAAGGAUGCUGCAGGGAACCCCAUUGACUGUGAACCUGAUUGGUACCUGGCUAUAUCAACGUGA